UGCUUAUCUCCUACCAAUAGUAGGUCUGGGGAUUGCUUAACGAUGCUGCAUCCGUUCACAGGCAAGGUCCUCUCAAAUCCUAGCCUUCCUAGUAUUAUACUACUAAGUCCCAAGAAAGCUUUUCGCAAGCGAAAGGCUAGCGGUGACAAACCUUUAUAGAAGGAAGGCACUCCUUCUAAUAAAGGUGAAAGGCUGUCUAUUUGGUCCGUUUAAGUAUACGUACUAACGAGGGGAGACGGGCCCGGGUAAAGCUCGGAAUAUGUGACUUACGGUGUCAUGAUACUAAACACAGUUCAACGUUCAAUAAAGGUGCAUAACGCGAACAUAAUAAAGGCAGCAGUCUUGCAGAUGAGGCCGCAUCUUGCUUCAGCUCCCUCACAUUCUUUAAUAUCCUUUCCCUUUCGUAUCCGAUGGCAGCCAACUCCACCGAGGUAAUGUGGGCGCCGGGAUUCAUUGGAUCCAUCAUAGCUACGGUGUUCUAUGGAAUAUCCUUUGGACAGUAUAUUUUCUAUCUGCGAUCUUUUCCGCAAGAUUCGAGAAAACUCAAGUUAUUCAUUAUGAUAGUAUUUCUUUUCGAAACAAUUCACCAAUACGCCAUGAUAGGCAUAUACUGGUCUAUCCUUAUUUCGUGCCGGCGUAGCACAUCUCUUGAGUGCACGACCAAACUCUCGUGGCAGACGCUGCUUGCAGUACUUAUGUCAUAUUCGGUCAUUUUCGCCGUUCAGUGUUUUUAUGUGCACAGGGUGUGGAUAAUCACGGGAAAAAAUCGCUUGAUCACCGGCAUAAUUUGUGUGCUCACCACUACAUCAUUCGUCUGUGGCAUGAUUGUCAGUGGUUUAGCAUUCCACACGAGAAGCUCUGAAGUUAUGUUCAGCACGAAGUGGUCGCUAGUAUCGUCGUUCACCGGUGCAUUAUGUGAUUCUGUCAUCACAGGGUCCAUAUGGUUGUUCAUGCGACCGGCACGAACAGGCAAUGUUCGGAGAAAGUCAAGGAAUCACAUCAAUGAAAUGAUGUGGAUUUUUAUCAACAUGGGUUUAUUUCCAUGCUUUGUAGCAAUUAGCGUGGCUGUUCUCUAUAUGUUGCAGGACGGACAGUUCUAUACCGCUGUGCCUGGAGCGGUGAUAGGAAAAUCGUAUAUGAACUCGAUGCUAGGGAUGCUCAAUGCUAGGAGGUCCAUUCGAGAACGGGAACAACUUGGCUACAACUUAACGGACCUUCCAACAAUACCUACGAUACAGUGAUCUUUUGCUUAUCCAUCGGAUCCAUAUAUAUAGCCUCCGUAAUCAUGAUACCGGGGUGCUAUCUUAUUGUGCGAUUUUUCCUCUUAUCUGCUCCAUCGACGCAAUACAUUGUGUCUUCCAUCGUGGUGA